GGAGUGGGGACAGGGAGGGCAGUGGAGGGGACUGGGUGUCAGGGUAGGGGAGGCCUUGGGGAGGGCGGGGCCUCGAGGCGCGGCCGCGCGAGGUGACCCGAGUCACAGUGCCCGCGGGCGGCGACGGCAGAGCGCCCAUUACCUCCAGCAGAUUAAUAUUAAGAUUGGAAGUUUGUAUCUUUUGCUGGAUAUUGGAAAUUGAAUGUAAUGGCAACAGAAUUUAUAAAGAGUUGCUGUAGAGGAUGUUUCUAUGGUGAAACAGAAAAACACAACUUUUCUGUGGAAAGAGAUUAUAAAGCAACACUCCCAAAUAGUCAGAAUGCUGCUAUCUCUGUACCUCCAUUGACUUCUGUUUCUGUACAGCCUCAGUUUGGCUGUACUGAGGAUUAUUUGCUUUCCAAAUUACCAUCUGAGGGUAAAGAAGUACCAUUUGUGGUGCCCAAGUUUAAGUUAUCUUAUAUUCAACCCAGGACACAAGGAACUACUUCACCUCUGGAAGAACUUGAAGGAUCUGCCAGAGCAUCUUUUAGAGAUCGAAAGGUAGAACUUUCCAGUUCAUCCCAGCAUGGACCUAGCUAUGAUGUGUAUAACCCAUUCUAUAUGUAUCGGCACAUUUCACCCGAUUUGAGUCGACGCUUUCCUCCCCGUUCAGAAGUGACGAGACUGUAUGGAUCAGUUUGUGAUUUAAGGACCAACAAACUUCCCGGUUCCCCUGGGCUAAGCAAAUCUAUGUUUGAUCUUACAAGUUUAUCUCAGAGAUUCAUCCAGAGACAUGAUUCAUUGUCCAGUGUACCCAGUAGUUCUUCCUCAAGGAAAAAUUCUCAGGGGAGUAACAGAAGCCUGGAUACAAUUACUCUAUCAGGAGAUGAAAAAGACUUUGGGAGACUGAAUGUGAAAUUGUUUUAUAAUUCUUCAGUAGAACAGAUCUGGAUCACAGUUUUACAGUGCAGAGAUUUAAGUUGGCCCUCUAGUUAUGGAGACACUCCUACUAUUUCUAUAAAAGGAAUACUUACAUUGUCCAAACCAGUGCAUUUCAAAUCUUCAGCCAAGGAAGGUUCCAACGCUAUUGAAUUUAUGGAAACGUUUGUAUUUGCUAUUAAACUUCAAAGUCUACAAACUGCAAGGCUUGUAUUUAAGAUUCAAACCCAGACUCCCAGGAAGAAAACCAUUGGAGAAUGCUCACUGUCACUCAGAACCCUUAGCACACAGGAAAUGGAUUACUCUUUGGAUAUAACGCCACCUUCAAAAAUUUCGGUUUGCCAUGCAGAACUUGAAUUGGGGACUUGUUUUCAAGCAGUAAACAGCAGAAUUCAGUUACAAAUUCUUGAGGCACAGUGCCUUCCAAGCUCAUCAACACCUCUGACUUUGAGUUUUUUUGUGAAGGUGGGAAUGUUUAGCUCAGGAGAGUUGAUUUAUAAGAAAAAGACACGCUUACUGAAGGCCUCCAAUGGAAGAGUCAAGUGGGGAGAGACUAUGAUUUUUCCACUUAUACAGAGUGAGAAAGAAAUUGUUUUUCUCAUUAAGCUUUACAGUCGAAGCUCUGUAAGAAGAAAACACUUUGUGGGCCAGGUUUGGAUAAGUGAAGACAGUAAUAACAUUGAAGCAGUGAACCAGUGGAAAGAGACAGUAAUAAAUCCAGAAAAGGUUGUUAUCAAGUGGCACAAAUUAAAUCCAUCUUGAAGACUUCACACAUUAAUUUGGGAAGAACUGGACAUUCUUUUAGAAGACUUAUGAUUUCAAUUUGCUACCAAUGAGAAGAGACAAAUCAAUACAUUUGUCAAUUUAUGGGGGCUAUAAUUACAGUAUAUAAUGUAUCUGAUAGAAAAUUUGAAAAGAAGAUGUAAUGAAUUUUUUUUAUCAGAAAUCCAAAGUAAAGGAAAUGUUUUAAAACUGCAACAAGAGAUACAGACAGUAAAAUCAAAGGACAGUAUUAUUAGGACGACUAAAUAAAUUAUAAAGUCUGAGAAUAUCAACCAUAGAUAGUUCUUUCUAUAUUAUGUUUUUGCUUUUGUAUUUUAAGCUUUACUUAGAUAUUGAAAACCUGGUAUAUCAAGUCUCUAUUAGUACUAUUGACAUUUAGAAGACUUUACCAUCAUUUCAGUGCUAGGCAUUAUUGAUUAGAUACCUUGGCUCCACUGUUUACCUCUUGCUAUAUAUUUUCACUUGGUAAAAGUGAAUUGAACCAUUUCAACUCUUUCCUAUAUUUGGAGAAAGUUUUUACCCUGUGUUUUAUAAUUUUUUUACCCAUAUAAUAUCACAUUAUCACUUUGUAAGCUACUUAUCUCCAAGAAACUUCAGAAAUAGAAAACUACAUUUUGGCAGGAAUAAAACACCAGAAAGUUGAAGUUUAAUUGUAAACCCAGAAUAUACAUACUUUGCUGUUUUCUUCCCUCAAAUAUUUUACUAUUUGUUCCAUUUAGAGUUAAAAUAAUAGUAUCAUCUAUAUGGUCCAUCCUAAUUCUCAUAAUUAAAUGAGCUUAAAUAGCAAAUUCAGUCUUUUAUGAUAAUCACUUUUUGUUUUUAGUUUCCCAUGUUUUUUCAUAACUGUACCUGAUUAUACUGUGUAACAAAUAUUUUCUAUUACAGUUUUCUUUCCAGUACUUAUUAGAACUCAGUAUUUGGAAAUAAUUUCACCUUUAUUGACCAUAGAGCUGUGGCCAGAAAGAACAGCUUUUUGGAGAGACUAAUGACAUUACAACUGAUUUUAGAAAAUCUCACUUUAUUUACUGAUUAUGAUUUCAAUUUGCUACCAAUGAGAAGAGACAAAUCAAUACAUUUGUCAAUUUACGGGGGCUGUAAUUACAGUGUAUAAUGUAUCUGAUAGAAAAUUUGAUAAGAAAAUGUAAUCAAUUUUACUAAUUUUGUACUAAUUUUGCUAUAAGUAGUGUAAGUGCUUUGUGUUCUCAGUCUUCCUUUUUCUUCCCCCAUUCUUUCUUUAUCCCACAGGUGCAGAGAUAGAUGGUGAUAUUUUAGGCCGGGAGUAUACCUUGCUAUAACCUAAGCAUGUCUUCUUCAUUCCAGCCCCUAUAUUCCAUGUAUAUCAUUAAUGUUUUCCCUAAUAAACACUUAAUUCUCUUUUCCCUAGGUGGUGUCUCCUCAAGCUACAAAAUGUCCAUAUUUUAUAUCCCCUUUGCUUCUACUGCCUUUAUUUUAUGGUACCAAUACUCUCUGCCACUGAACAUUUUGAAAUGUUUUUGUUUUAGAUUUGUAGAAAAUGGCAUAUAGGUCAAUGCUCACAUGGACUUUGAAUAUUAAUCACCUUGUGUGAUAAUAUUUUGAAUCUGAGACAAAUAACUUUUAAAAUUUGUGUGAUAAUAUUUUGAAUCUGAGACAAAUAACUUUUAAAAUUUGUUUUUAAAAAUAUACUUUUUUUAAAGAGCAGUUUUAGGUUAACAGAAAAAUUGAGAGGAAGAUAGAAAUUUCCUUUCUUCCCCUACAAAGCCUUCAACAGCCUCCCACACUGUCAGUGUCCUGCACCACAAUGGUACAUUUGUUACAGUCGAUGAACCUGCUCCGAAACAUCAUUAUCCAAAGUUCAUGGUUUACAUUAGGGUUCCCUCUUGGUGUUAUACAUUCUGUAGAUUUUGACAAGUGUGUGAUGAUAUGUAUUCAUCAUUAUAAUACAGUUUCACUGCCCCAAAUAUCCUCUGCAAAUGCAACUAUUUUAGUGGGUACCAAAUAAGUAAAUCUGUGUACUGGCUUUUAGGUAAUAAAUAACAGGCUUUAUUGUUUAUUUUAAAAGCCACAGCUUUAUUUUAGCACGUUUCCGUAUUCUAUUAAUGCUUUCAAUUUCCAAAUUUAAUAUAUGUAGUUAGGUAUUUAACUCAGUUUGUAAUCAUUUAAUCUAAUUUUCUAUAUUCUUACAAUAUGUAUGAUGUAUAAUUUAUGGGAAAGCUAUGAUUUCUCAGUUUCUUAGAAUCCUAGGUAAAUAAAACAAUAAAAAGAAAACCUUUUCAUUUAAAAGAGCUUUCAGGUAGAGAAGUAUUGAUACAACUGAGAUCCCAUAUAUAUAUAUAUAUAUAUAUAAUUAUUUUUUUUUUUCGAGACAAAGUCUUGCUCUGUCACCAGGCUGGAAUGCUGUGGCGCAAUCUUGGCUCACAGCAACCUCCAGCUCCCAGGUUCAAGUGGUUCUCCUGCCUCAACCUCCUGAGUAGUUGGGACUACAGGUGCACACCACCAUGCUGGCUAAUUUUUUGUAUUUUAGUAGAGAUGGGGAUUUCACCUUCUUGGCCAGAAUGAUCUCUAUCUACUGAUCUCUUGAUCUGCCUGCCUCGGGCUCCCAAAGUGUUGGGAUUGCAGGUGUCAGCCACCGUGCCUGGCCAUGAUCCUAAAUGUUUUAAUUAGUGUUUACUUAAGCCUUUUUCCGGUGAGGAGUUACUGAAUAUAGCUAAUACAUUGGUUGUUUCCUUGAAGCUUUAUGUGGAGCUAUAAAUAGAAAUACAGUCUUCUGCUAACAGGUGCUCAUAUUGUGAGAAAAACAUUAGGAGCUGGUAAUAAAAAAUGAGAUUCUAUGCCAAAAUCACUUCUCUUUGUAUUUGCCUAGGCAUUUCUUGACCUUUACCCACUUACAGCACGGAAAAGGAAAUCAUAAUCAAGCUGGGUGAUGAAAGGAAACCAUGGAAGGAUUCACACUGAUGGCUGACAGCUUGCACAGUGUUUGUUCCUAACAGUGUAUUUACUUGUAAGCUUUCAGAUCAACACAAAUAGCUGCAGCCAGGUUAGAAUGUAACAUUAAUGUUUGGCUUUCAUUUAGUUUAGCAUGAUUUUUAAAAACAGAACUCCUAGACAAAUGGCCUCAGAAAUAUAUCAGUUUCAUCUCUUACCAGACCGUUAAGAAGAAACCAGUGGGAUUUUGAACAAGUUAUAUAAUUGUGGUCUGAAAAGAAGCUAAACUGAAGAUCUAUUUGAAUAUAGUUACAUGAAUUUCUCUGAUACUAAUGUACUCAAUAGCUAGGUGGAAACUGUAUAACCUAGUAAAAUUUUCCAUUUUUGUUUAUCAAAUAUUUGCUUAUGAAGAAUUUCAGAAAUUUGCAAUAAAUGUCAGCUUUUGAAUAA